AUGGGAGACAAUCAACAGAGAGUUUAUCCGAUUGUUCAAAUGGAAGCCAAGAAGACAAAAACAUCACAAGCUCAAGAAAAGACGCAACUUCCAGUACAACGGCCUGUUCUCCCUCCUCCUCCUCCUCCAAUGCAUAACAAGAGACGAAAUAUUUGCUGCAAAUGUUUUUGCUGGUCGUUAAGCCUUCUAGUCAUUGGAUUAAUCGCGUUAGCGGUUGCGGUUGCGAUUAUAUACUUUGUUUUCCUCCCUAAACUCCCGCAGUACGAGGUCAACAGUCUACGAGUCACAAGCCUUGGAAUCAACCUAGACCUCUCUCUCUCCGCGUUGUUCAAAGUCGAGAUCACAGCUCGAAACCCCAACAAGAAAAUCGGGAUUUACUACGAGAAAGGAGGCCGUAUCCAAGUGUGGUACACCAAGACAAAGCUAUGUGAAGGCCCUAUACCCAAGUUUUAUCAAGGACAUCGGAAUGUGACAAAACUUAACGUUGAUCUAACGGGAAGUGUGCAGUCCGGUAACACUGUUUUGUCGGCUUUGCAGCAGCAGCAACAGACGGGACAUGUGCCGUUAGAUCUCAAAGUGGAUGCACCUGUUGCUGUCAAACUUGGGAAAUUGAAGCUCAAGAAGAUUCGGAUAUUGGGGAAGUGCAAGCUUGUUGUUGAUAGUUUAUCAACAAACAAUAGAGUGAACAUCAAAGCUAGUGAUUGUAAAUUUGGGCUCAAACUUUGA